ACGAUCACCGCGAUCGUUUACCAUUUUGUGAUAAGAACUCACCAAAGUGUACGGCAUAACGCAGCAAAAUGAGGCAAGUCGUUGUACUCGGAGCUGGAGUUAAUGGCCUUAGUGCUGCCGUACAGUUGGCUGAACAUUAUUUUGGUGUAGCGAAUGUUACCCUCAUAUCCGAGGAAGUGAGUCCCAACACAACUGGAGAUGGUUCUGCCGGCCUAUGGGGUCCUUACUACUGUGGAAAAACUCCCGACCAUAAGAUUGUCAAAUGGUCAAGUGAAACACAUGCUUUCUUUCAUCAGCUAUGGACAAAUGGAUUAGCCGGAAGGGUUGGGAUAUGUUUACAACCGUGCAUGCGACUGACGACGGAUCCCAAAGGAUAUCCGGAGCCGGCUUGGAAAGAGAUCGUGUUUGGCUGCGAGAAAAUUUCGGAAUCUGAUCUAAAAAGAUUGAGCAAAGAGCACGGUCGGUACUACACCGGAGGUUACCAGUUUGCCACAUUCACUUGCGAACCAUCGAAACUGUUGCCAUACCUUUUCAACCGGUUCACUGCAGUUGGAGGAAAAUUUGUUAAAUCUAAAGUCCAGAACUUUGACGAAUUGCUAGAAAAGAGUUCCGCUGUCGACCUGAUCGUGAACUGCAGUGGUCUCGGAUCACGCGAUCUUAUUGGUGACAGCAAAGUUUAUCCUAUCAGAGGGCAAGUUGCGCGCGUCAGUGCUCCUUGGAUCUACGAGAUAAUUCUUGAUGACAGUGACGAUGGAAAUUACAUUAUCCCGAACUGUGAAACAGUCAUCCUAGGUGGAACGCACCAAAUGAAUGAUUUCAAUCGCAACCUUAGUCUGGAAGACAGCCGAUUCAUUUUUGAUGGAUGUGAGCGAAAGCUUCCGAGUCUAAAAAAUGCCACAGUUACUAGCGAGUGGGUUGGAUUGCGACCCGGUCGGGACAAUGUACGCUUGGAAUUGGACCACUUUCGAUCAGGCAAUAGGUCGGUGCCUGUUAUUCACAAUUACGGCCACGGAGGUUGCGGAGUGACGCUGUGUUGGGGUUGUGCAAAAGAAGUUAUAGAAAUCAGCACCACCGUAGAAUGGAAUCAAGCUAUUCGGUCUAGGUUGUAAUUUUUACUUGUUCCACUCAUAUUUUCAUAUACAUUUAAUGUUAGACAAAAUUCAAAUGUCUUAUUAAAUGCAUAAAAAAUAUGUACUACAUACGUACACAGGCAUAAAUGUAUGAAUAAAACCAAAGUUCCAUA